CGGCGGCGGACGUCGCUGUUGAUUUGUUUUUUUUCUUCGUAUGAUUAUAAACAGUCGUUUUAAUAUUAUUUUUAUAAAAGAAACUCAAGACUUUUAACGGUCUGCGUGAUUCUGUGAACGAUUGGAUCUUAUUAUCUUCAUUUGUAGUGUGACAAAGUUUAUUUUUUUCAUAUUUAUUUGACAAGUGCCUGUGUUGUGUUGUAUUUAUUAUGCGAAUGGAUUGCUGCAGCAUGUAGUUUGACACAAGAUGACCUGACAAAUCAAGAAUGUCGAAGCGAGCCGUAUAGUAUGGUGCAAAAAAAGAAAAUGAUACGCUCGUUUGAAGAUUUGCCGAAAAUUAAACGCAAACGUUUAUUAUGACGCAUUGUGUAAAGUAAAACUAUGGAGAUGAUAAAAGAACUGACUUGAUAGAACAUAGUGUUCCUAACUUUGUGAGUGACGUACUGAAUGAUGUGGAACUGAUUUGUGAAUGAUGCCUGAUCGCGAGUCGGUAGGUCCGGGGACAACAGGUAGCGGUGGCUUCUUGCCACUUCAGUUCCCGUCGGCUUUCGCGGCGUUCCACGCGACCACGCCUCCCAGCGCACAGGCAUCCGCCAUGCACCACGCCACGCAUUAUCAUCACCAUGCCCAAUUGGCGGCGGCGGCGGCGGCUGCAGCGGGCGCGACCAGCGAGCUGAGCUACCUUGCCGCUCUGCACCCCGCGUACCGCCCCGUGCCCUACGACCAUCCGCUGUACGGCACCAAUACUUUACGAGGCUUAGAAUAUUUAAGUGCUGCGAGAAGUUUACAUCCUGAGUUACACGCAGGCAGUACUCUAGCCAGUCAGGACUUUCAAUUAAGUUUAGAAGGAUCAAGAAUAGCUUCACCGACGAGAUUAAGGUUGUCAGGGGGUGCGAUAAGUGCAUCGGCGAACCGCAAACGAGCUGUAUCCUGGAGUCCUUAUUCUGCAGAGUCGUUGGACCUGGCGGCGGUCAUCCGCGCCUCGCCCGCCAGCCUGGCAGUCAGAGCACCUUCAGCCGCCUCCACCGGCAGCUAUGGCCACCUUAGUGCUGGUGCGAUAUCACCGGCGCUGUCACUGUCACACGCGUCGCUGGCGCAGCAGCUGCUGGCGCGGGGUGGCGGCGGCGUGCUGGCGGGCGGCGUGCUACUCGACCCCGCGCACCAGCAGGCGGCCGCCGCUGCGGCACAUCAUGCGGCGCACGCGCAUCUCGUAGCGGGAAUACAUAGAUCUCACAUAUCGUCGCCCACGCAGUUGCUGCUGAGUGGUGCAGGCGGUGGUGCGAUGGAGGUGCGCGGGGGCAUGGCGCUGGACGCCAGUCACAUGCAGCCCCAUCAACAGCCCGAGAUCACCAGCGUUAUGGAGGCUGACAGCGCAUCAACGGCGUUAAAUCAAAGGAAGUCACCGCAAAGUGCAAUGUCACAUAGAGAGAUGCACAGCAACAAGCCGCUGUCGGCCGCCGCAGAGAGCACAGUGCACGAUGGACUCGACUCCAAGGACGAGCCGGGAGACUUCAUUGAGACCAAUUGUCAUUGGGUGGAUUGUAAACUGGAAUUCCCAACACAAGACGACUUGGUGAAGCACAUAAACACGGACCACAUCCACGCCAGCAAGAAGGCGUUCGUGUGCCGCUGGGUGGGCUGCUCGCGGGAUGAAAAACCUUUCAAGGCUCAGUACAUGCUGGUCGUGCACAUGAGGAGGCAUACGGGAGAGAAACCACAUAAGUGUACUUUCGAGGGAUGCUGCAAGGCAUAUUCAAGAUUAGAGAAUCUGAAGACGCACCUGCGGAGUCACACGGGUGAGAAGCCGUACACGUGCGAGUAUCCUGGCUGCGCUAAAGCCUUCUCCAACGCCAGCGAUCGCGCCAAGCACCAGAACAGAACACACAGCAACGAGAAACCGUACGUAUGUAAAGCCCCGGGCUGCACCAAGAGGUACACGGACCCUUCAUCUCUGCGCAAACAUGUCAAGACUGUACACGGCGCUGAGUUUUACGCCAGUAAGAAGCACAAAGGCUGUAGUCGUGGCGAUGACUCAGCGGAGUCCGGGGGCGGCGGCGCCGGGUCCUCGCCGCGGUCGGAGGAGGGCGGCGCCCCCGUGGGCCGGGGUCAUGCCUCCUCUGCUUCAGUCAAGAGCGAGAGUCCUGCGUCUCCACUUCCACACAACUUGCACACUCCAGCGCAUCAGUUGUCAGCUCAAUGUGGUGGAGAACUGGACUUCGGCGGUUCAGGGCUCGGUGGCUUCAGUGAUGAAAAUGGCGCGCCUUAUUUUAGACUUGAUGGAGAUGUGGAACAAGAAGUGGUAGGUGAGGUGGGUCAGUUGCCGCUGAUGCUGCGUGCUAUGGUUGCUAUAGGCGAGCCGCGAACACAGCAUGCGCCGCGCUUCGGACACAAGAUGGCGGCGGGCCCGCGUAUACUGCCGCACCCGCACGACAUGCCCUCCGCUGGUAUACCAGGUCGGACAGAGCUAGGUAACACUAACGUCGCGGUGGAGCUGAAGACAGGCCUUCCCAAUACGAGGCGAGAUUCCGGUAUUUCGUCUGGCAGUAGUCUAUAUAGUGCAAGGUCAUCAGACAUAUCGCGCAAGAGCAGCCAGGCGUCAGUGGUGUCAGGCGCAGUUAGCGCGGGCGGGGCCGGGGCCCAGCCGCGGCUGCUCCAUCACCACAACAACGUCUACGACCAGCUCUCCCCGGAUAGUAGUCGCAGAUCUAGUCAAGUGUCAUGUGUGGGGUACGCGCCGCCACCCUCAUCAGCUCUCGCCGCUGUUCAGGCUGUCAGGACCUCCCAGGGGAAUCAGGCGGUCCUCCUGCGCGGGGUGACGUGCUCGGAGGUGCGCGCGGAGGAGCUGGCGCUGGAGCUGGAGGCGGAGGUGCAGGUGAAGCAGGAGGCGCGUCGCCUGUCGGAGCAGUCCAACCUGAGCGACCAGCAUGCCUACCAGCCAUACCCCUGCGCCGCUGAUGAAGUCGGUGACGCUCCCUUCCAGUUCAAAACUGAGAACGAUCACGAGGCCGUGACGUACAAGGAGUCGCGGUCCAACUCCACUAACACAGUCGUCACCACCGCACAAGUGCACCAUCCCAACCAGGAGGUUAACUUGGAACAGGUGGCGGAAGGUGAAAUGGUGGAGAACAAGCUGGUGAUACCAGACGAGAUGAUGCAAUAUCUUAACCAAUCAAUAUUGGCCACCGACACGGUAACACCAGCUAAGACGGACCCCGCCGACCCCGAGCCCAAGGACAAAGACCAGCCCACCAAAGACAACGCCGGUGACACGAAGAACACAAACAAUUCCAGUGACAAAAUCAGUGAAGUCGCCACCAGUGACGAUUCCCUUCUCAAAAACUUAGGUGCCAUAGGAAGUGAUCUCAACAUAAGUGAUAUUCCAGUCGAUUUAAGAUCUCUAGACGUUAGUAUGUCUGGUAACAGCGGAUCUCUUCUAGCUAAAACCCCGGAAGACAAAAGUACUCCUCUCCAGGAGCAAGUCAUACCCGAAGUUGUAAAGGAGAAAUGCGAACAGGACUUCUCUCAGCCACCGAACACCAACGCAUCGAAUAAUCCGUUACAAUCUCUGCAAACUAUGACAGCGAAUCAAACGGAACAAUCAAACAGGAUGCGAAAAAAUAAUCCUCUACCUCAGAAAACGGCAAUGAGCCCGAAGACGAUAGUGAUGACUCCGCAGAAUGUCCUCAGCCCGAGUCUAACUCACGGCAUGCUGAGUCCUCAGAGUCUGCCGCACAGUGCGAUGAGUCCACAAAGUGGAAUGAGCCCACACAAUAUCCAGAGCGGAAUGAGUCCGCAUAUGCCACACGUCAUGAGUCCCCCCAGUGUUUACAAUGUCAUGAGCCCUCAAAGUGUCAUGAGCGUCAUGUCGCCGCAACAUAAUGCAAUGAGUCCACAGAGUAUGCAGAGUCUUAUGAGUCCACAGAUGCCUAAUCAAAUGAUGAUGAGUCCACGACAUAACAAUAUAGGUAGCCCCAUGUCUCAAAACAUUGCUAGUCCCAUGAUGAACAUUGCCAGUCCGAUGAGCCACGGCAUGGCCAGUCCCAUGCACCCCGGCUUACAGAGCCCGCUGACAAGCCCCAUGGUACAGAAUAUGUCAAACAUGACGAUGAAUGGCACACCAGUACCGAACCAAACGCAAAAUGUUAUGAUGAGUAUGAAUCAAAUCAACCAAAACCAAAUGUCUGGGGCUCCCUACGUGAACAAUCGACAGACUUGCAAUGCUAAGAUGCCAAAUAAAAAUUAUUCCAACGUUCCUCCCAAUCAAUACCAAAACCAAAACUACGGGCCGGUACCUCCCUAUCCAGUACAAGUACAAAAUCAAAACAUGCGAAAUCAACAAAACAUGCAACAACAGUACCAAAUGAUGCAAUACAAUCAGAACCAAAUGCCGAGACAGGGACAGAUGGUGCAGAACCAACCGAACAUGGCUUAUAACAAUCAAAUGAUGAACUACCAAUCUGUCAAUUACCACAAUCAAAUGCAAACGUCGCGGUCCUCGGCAAUGAGUACCGACAACAGCGCAAACAUCAGGACGAUGAACAGCUACUGCGAACAACUAAAUCAAAUGCCACCUCAAAAUCCUUACAACCAGAACAUGCAGUAUCCGCAACCACCUCCGUACAACUCGAUCGUGAACGCAGCCAACGUGAUGGGCCCACCUCCUCCUAAAAACAAUCACCAGUACAAUCAAGCUAUGAUGAACAACAAUCAGUACUACAACCAUCAACGGCCUUACAAUCAGUGGGACUAUCCGGGGAAUCAGUUCAACAAGCACAACAUGCAAAAAUCGGUACAGAAUUCGGUGAACAUGUCAACCGGGAGUCAGAAACCGGUUAAUGGGACUAGAGUAUCGAUGAACUGUAAUCAGAUGAAGAGCGAUCAGCAGACGGAUUGCAGUAUGAACAGCGUGCGCAGUCAGAACCAGACGAGUGAGGUGCAGGUGUGGGAUAUAUCACAGUCACAGAUUGAAGCUUCGAAUGGUAGAAAGAAGAACCAGAACACGAUGCGUCAGGACACGUAUCAAAGGACAUUAGAGUACGUUGAGAGUUGCGAGAAUUGGAAGAGUUCGGAGAUGGUGUCGAGUAGUACGCACCCACUGCAAGCUGACAACAUGGUUGUGAACGACCUACAGACGUCACUAUCAUCGUUUUAUGAAGAAAAUCAAUAUUUACAAAUGAUACAAUAACAUAUUUUUGAUAAGGAGACUCGAUAACAAACACUUAAAUCAGGGAUCCCCAAACUAUUCUCAAUAAAUGACCCCCUUUUCCGAAAUAAACCGUUUCCA